AUGUUGGGUGAGGGCCAAUUAGAUGACCAGAUUCAUGAUAAGCCUAUCUUCAGUCAACCUGCGUUGAUUGAGGCUCAGAAAGCAGCAGAGGACUUGAAGAAGUUGUUUGAUGUUGCUCUACCAGCAGGAGAAGCUGAAAAGGUGUCACAGUGCUACUUCACAAAAUGUGAUGUGUUAAUGCGAAAGUGGUGUCCAGCUGGGCGUCCAGCAGAUGAAGACUGGGCAGUGGUAAAUCAGAUUGUAGUUCCCCCGGAGUAUAGGCAGGAGAUUUUAAGGUUGUCUCAUGAUAUUCCAGUGGCAGGACAUCUUGGUGUGAGAAAGACUGUUGCCAGAAUUGAGGCUCAUUUUCACUGGCCGGGACUCCGCAAAGAUGUAUCUGAGUAUAGAUCUUGUCAUGCCUGUCAAGUGGUGGGGAAGCCUCAACAUCGAAUCAAGCCAGCACCACUUAUUCCCAUUCCUGUUAGUCAGGAACCAUUCAGUCGUGUUCUGAUAGAUUGUGUGGGCCCUCUACCCAAGACUAGGACUGGUUCUCAGUACUUGUUGACUAUCAUGGAUACAACGACUCGCUUUCCUGAAGCAUUCCCAUUGAGAAAUAUCAAGGCCAAGACAGUGAUUGAUGCCCUCCUGAUGUUUUUCACACGUUAUGGUCUCCCACAUGAGAUCCAGUCAGAUCAGGGCUCAAAUUUCACGUCAAAUGUAUUUCAAGAAGUGAUGUAUCAACUUGGAAUCAAGCAGAUUAACUCAUCUGCUUACCACCCGCAGUCACAGGGUGCUCUUGAGAGGUACCACCAAACCUUGAAGACAAUGAUCAAGUCUUACUGUUUGGAGAAUAGUGGAGAUUGGGACAAGGGUAUCCCAUUUUUGUUGUUUGCCUCCAGAGAUACUCCUAAUGACUCCACAGGGUUCACCCCCUUUGAACUGGUGUUUGGUCAUGAACCAAGAGGACCAUUGAAGGUAGUGAAAGAGCAACUCUUGUCUGAGAUGAAGGAGGAAAGUGAGAAUGUGUUGGACUAUGUAUCACAAUUCCGUGAAAGACUAUCGAGGGCGUGUGAGUUGGCAGGACAACAUUUGAAGUCAUCUCAGGUUGUGAUGAAGGCUCGUGCUGAUAAAAAGGCAGAAUCUCGCUCCUUUGAGCAUGGUGACAAAGUUCUAGUGUUGUUACCAAUGCCAGGUGAACCACUCAGAGCUAAAUUUAGUGGACCGUACAUGGUGGAGAGAAAGUUGGGUAAGGAGACAUAUCUUGUGAGCACUCCAGAUAGGAGGAAGACUAAGAGAGUUUGUCACAUUAACAUGCUGAAGAAAUAUUAUGACCAUGAGGAUAGAGUGCCAGUUGCUGUUGUGUGUGAAGAAACAGUUGACAGUGAUCCAGAUAUGCUUGAAUUCACAGAGGAAGCAGAUUUUGGAUCUGGGAUGUCUGGUAAGGUGAACAAUUCCCAGGUGAUGGCAAAUCCUGCUGAGGUAUUGGGUCAUUUGUCUGAGCAGGAACAGCAUGAUGUGAUAGAGAUUCUGUGUGAGUACCCUGCAGUGUGUACAGAUAAGUUAGGUUGUACUCUGCGAACGGUACAUGAUGUAGAUGUAGGAGAUAGUUUGCCCAUCAAACAGCAUCCUUAUAGAUUGAAUCCUAGAAAGAAACAUCAGGUGCAGACAGAGCUUCAGUAUAUGCUAGACUGUGGUAUCGUUGAGCCAAGUCAGAGCUGCUGGAGUUCACCUGUAGUCCUUGUUCCCAAGCCUGAUGGAAGUCAGCGCUUUUGCAUUGAUUAUAGGAAAGUUAAUGCUGUGACUAAGCCUGACUCGUUUCCCCUACCCCGUAUUGAGGAUUGCAUAGACCAAGUAGGUAGUGCGAAGUUCAUCACAAAGCUUGAUCUCAUGAAAGGGUACUGGCAAGUACCCCUUUCAAGAAGGGCGAAGGAGGUUUCUGCUUUCGUGACUCCCCAAGGGUUAUUUCAGUGUAGAGUUAUGCCCUUUGGCAUGAGAAAUGCCCCAGCAACAUUUCAGCGGCUUAUGACUGAUGUCAUUGCGGGACUUGACAAUGUAGUGGUGUAUAUUGAUGAUAUCCUGGUUUUCAGUGAUACAUGGUCAGAUCACCUAGCUUACCUGAGAGACUUGUUUGACAGACUGACCAAGGCUGGUCUUGUUGUGAACUUGGCCAAGUGUGAAUUUGCUAAAGCCACCGUCACAUACUUGGGUCAUGAGGUUGGACGGGGACAUGUUGUCCCGCGGCAAGCAAAGGUCCAAGCUAUCGUGGAAUUUCCUGCCCCUUCAUCCAAGAAGGAAGUGAUGAGAUUUCUUGGGAUGUGCGGGUUUUACCGCAAGUUUGUUCCAAACUUCAGUGACCUUGUUGCACCCCUCACUGACCUUCUCAAGAAGGGAAUUAAGUUUGAGUGGUCAAGCUCAUGUGAGAUAGCAUUUCAGAAGUUAAAGGCAGUUCUAAUGUCAAAACCAGUGCUGGAUGCUCCCAAUUUCCAGAAGCCUUUUCAGCUUGCCACUGACGCCAGUGAUGUAGGAGUUGGUGCUGUUCUCCUACAGAUGGAUGACAUGGGUCUCCUGAAACCCAUUAGCUACUUUUCCAAGAAGCUCAACCCACACCAGCGAAGAUAUUCUACUAUAGAGAAGGAGUGCCUUGGUCUCGUCUUGGCAGUUCAGCACUUCGACGUGUACAUUAGCAACUCUUCAGAGGUUUCAGGAAGAGAUCAACCUCUGAGGACCCGUUUGGUUGGUGGAAGUGGAUCCUUUGAAGGGAGAGUUGAGGUUCUCUACCAAGGUGCAUGGGGUACAGUGUGUGACGAUCUGUGGGGUUUAGAUGACGCCCACGUCGUUUGCCACACACUGGGAUAUCUACGUGCUUCUGCUUAUGACCGCAGCGCAAACUUUGGCCAAGGCACGGGGGAAAUUAUCCUGGAUAAUGUGCAGUGCACUGGAUCUGAGUCAAACAUCGCCUUCUGUGAACACAACGGUUACCUAUCUCACAACUGUGGGCAUUAUGAGGAUGCCGGGGUCACGUGUGAUGGCAUAGAACCUCUGAGGACCCGUUUGGUUGGUGGAAGUGGAUCCUUUGAAGGGAGAGUUGAGGUUUACUACCAAGGUGCAUGGGGUACAGUGUGUGACGAUCUGUGGGGUUUAGAUGACGCCCAUGUAGUUUGUCACACAUUGGGAUAUCCAAAUGCUUCGGCUUAUUCCAGCAGCGCAAACUUUGGCCAAGGCACGGGGGAAAUUAUCCUGGAUAAUGUGCAGUGCACUGGAUCUGAGUCAAACCUCGCCUUCUGUCAACACAACGGUUACCUAUCUCACAACUGUGUGCAUUCUGAAGAUGCUGGGGUCACGUGUGACGGCAUUGCUCAAAAGAACGCCUACUCGGAUACUUGUGAACCCGCGUUUAAAACGCCAAGGCUAAGACAGAUGUAUGCGCGUAACGAGUAA